AGCCAUUACGAAAUCAUUGUAUCGUCAUCAGCGUAGCUCCACGGUCGUGCUCUGCAGCUCUCGUGCAAAUAAAUCCAAUUUGUAGGAAGAAACACAUUUACAGCAGCUCCUUGUUCUAUUAUAGUGCAGUUCCAGAUACUUCCCAGCGGUAGUCGCGUUCACAUACAUCCACACGUAAAGCAAAGUGAAGAGGAAAAAGAAAGUGCUUUACCGAUAUUACAGUCGAAGGAGUGAAAGAGAGAGUAUAACUCGAAAUUGAUUUUCUGUGAGGUUUUUUUCUGCUCGUGUGGAACACUGUUAAAUUUAUCCCGAAAUUUGAUUGACAAGUGAGUUUCGGUGAAUUCAACGAAAAACACAGUGCUAAAUUGUUUGCAUACCGGUGACAUUUGCAGCCAGGUAACUAAUCAGUAAUUGUGACGGCGUAGUAUUUUGGCAAGAAAUUGUUCAAAGUAACAAAAAAGAAGUGAUUAUAGCGUGUGCGACAAAGUAGAAGCGCGCACUCGAGCAGAAGUAUUUUUGUGAAAGUAAGUUAAAAGUACAGCCUCAAAAUUACCACUUCAAUCAUGACGAACAAAGUGCUAGCGGCCGUACAAGAUUUACAAAAACAAAAUGGCGACUCGCAGAACACCGCCACGGUCGCGGCUGCUGCAGCCGCCGCCGCCGCGGCAGCGGCUUCGGAUUCGGAUCCAACUCGCACCAAUUUGAUUGUGAACUACUUGCCGCAGACAAUGACCGAGGAGGAAAUCCGUUCACUGUUUUCCAGUGUCGGAGAGGUAGAAAGUGUCAAGCUGGUACGCGACAAAAAUGUCAUCUACCCUGGACAGCCAAAGGGACAAAGCUUGGGAUAUGGCUUCGUUAACUUCCAUCGAUCACAAGAUGCUGAGCAGGCAGUGAAUGUGUUGAAUGGUCUGCGCCUUCAAAAUAAAGUACUGAAGGUGUCGUUUGCUCGUCCCAGCUCGGAGGGAAUCAAGGGAGCCAAUCUUUACAUUUCUGGUCUACCGAAAACUAUCACCCAAGAAGAAUUGGAAACUAUUUUUAGACCAUAUGGAGAGAUUAUUACCAGCCGUGUUCUGGUGCAAGAUGGAAAUGAUAAACCAAAGGGUGUUGGAUUUAUUCGCUUUGAUCAGCGGAAAGAAGCCGAACGCGCGAUUGCCGGUUUGAAUGGCACCACCCCAAAAGGGUUGACCGAUCCAAUUACAGUGAAAUUCUCUAACACUCCCGGACAGAAUACGGCCGCUACUAAAGUUGUGCAACCAGCAUUACCAACGUUCCUGAAUCCACAGUUAACACGUCGGCUGGGCGCAAUUCACCACCCAAUCAACAAGGGCUUGGCCCGUUUCUCACCGAUGGGUGGCGAAGUUUUGGAUAUGAUGCUACCCACCGCUCCUGCCAAUGGCAUUGGCUCCGUCGCUCCCUCCGGUGGGUGGAGCAUUUUUAUCUACAAUUUAGCUCCCGAGACGGAGGAAAACACAUUGUGGCAACUGUUCGGUCCAUUCGGAGCAGUUCAAAAUGUCAAAAUCAUCAAGGACUCGGCUACCAACCAAUGCAAAGGGUAUGGAUUCGUCACUAUGACUAACUACGAGGAGGCGAUGCUAGCGAUCCGGUCACUCAACGGAUACACUCUCGGCCAGCGGGUGUUACAAGUCAGCUUCAAAACCAACAAAUCAAACUCCAAUUUUGGUGAACACUAGAACAUGAAACUUGAUGUCGGUAGAGGGAAUAUCAAACGCAGUGGGACGCUACACCCUGCCGGCCCCCUUAAUCGAUUGCCCACCCCCGCCGCCAGUAAUGAUGGUGCAAUGCUUUCCUUACCUAUAAUAUACACGUGAAGGCUUGAAUACAAAAUUUGUAGAAAAAAGCAAAGGAUGGGGUGCGAUUUUGCAAACUGGCUAUAAACAGAAUGGAAGCGCCCCGCCGAGUUUGAUAUUCCAUUUAACAUCUCAUUCGACAAGCGCCGAAGACGGGGGUGCGCAUGCGGAAAAUUAUCAAAGCCAGACGUGAAAAUCUCAGCCCCUCUCGCACUCUUCGUGCUCACGAGACGAGACGCCCAAAAGAAAAACCCCGAAAAUGUACGACACAAACACACGAGACGAGCACAGGCAAAAAGCGAACCGGAACACAGAGACACAAGGCAGCGCUGCAGUUAUGAUUACCAAGUAUGUGUUUGUGCACUUGAACAAGUUACAGCUACUCUACAGAGCCGUAGUAACACGCGUGGUGUAUCUUGCCUCUGGAAAAAUUUUAUAUUCAUCAUGUUCCGACUCAUCGCUUCUGUGGCUCUCUGUUUGCUUUCAGUAUAAUUGCUCCGUGCUAAUCGUUGUCGCUAACUUUGAUCUACUCUCUCUAGUACUAGUUCCAAGCGCUGAUCGGAGGUGCUUUGGAAGAGGGAUUUCACACCAAUUCAGCUAGCUGUUUGUAGUACUCUCGCAGAUUUUAUUGAAACUUUGCGAGUUUAAUGACGUCGAUAAUGCGAAAUUAAAUUUUAAUGUAGCUGAAAAAAGUUGCUACAAAAAUUAGGCACUCUUCGAAAAGGUGUCUAGAUUUUUUUGUUACAUUUCAUGAACGCAAUGUUUGUGUUACCGAUGUCAUCGAAUUCGCAAAGUUUCACUGAAAUCUGGGAAGAUGCUGCCAUGUCUUAAGACCGAGUUUGCGUAAAAUCCUUCGGAAGCGUUACUGAAUAACUUUUUUUCUAUUUCUAAAAAAAAUGCUAGAGCAAGACAUCUUCCAGUAGAUACUGUUUGGUUAUAGGCGGGCUAACACGUGCUUGGCUAACUAUACGGCCUACGCUAGCUUUAGCUUCACGUUUCGUCCGCAUGAGCGAUGCGCUUUCUCUGGUGUUCGUGUGCGCGCGCACUAGUCAGUCGCACUAGAGAUUAAUUAGCGAUCCGAGAGCCGGUGCUCCUAUUUCUUUCUUUUUUUUUGCGCUGAGACUAUUUACACAAAACGCGCAACUGGCAAGAGUGAUGAUGAUAACCUGUGAAGUGAUCAGUCGCAGCAGAAAAUAACGAGAGACAGGUUUCCUCGCCGUAAACUUGCAUGCGCUCCCCCGCUCCGUUCGUUGUUGAACCGCAGCGAAGCUAUAUUAUACAAUCUGCUUGGCUGGAGGUAACGAUUUUGAAUACGAAGUAUCGUUUUCUUCACUAGGUAAUGAUGGUAUUCUAAGAAUAUGAAAAUAAGAAAAACGAUAUGGGGUAUUCAAACAAUUGAGAGUAAAAAUUUUGUACAUUUUUUAGUUUUGAAGGUUUCAACAUGCCGAUGAAUUCGUGUGUGAGGGGAAAGGGUGAAUUAUUUUCUUUCCAACCUUUCAGAGGCUUCCUCUGGUAGGAAGCCUGUUAAGAAUGCGCCAUUUUUUUGUCGAAAAAAAAAUAACUAAAAGCAAACAGUGAACCGAUCAUGGCACCGCUGUAACGUUGACGAAAACGACGAUCAAUACAACAAAAGAAAAGAAAAAAAAAGAUAGCAGACAGUAGAGUGUCCGCUAAGCAUAAAUAACUGAAAGAAACACGAAAAUCUAGUCAAAAGAAAAAGAAACUUUUACAAAAGCAUAGUAGACACACAGGAUAGGCUCUUUUACGCGUUAGUCUUUAAUGUCUCCCUAAUAUAUAAACAAAAGAAGCAAAACUGAAGAAACUACUAUUACUCUGUACUGAGAAUGUGUAUUUUGGUAAAGUGUAAUGAAAGUGGUACUGCAAUAUUUAUUCAAGGAAACUAUAAACAUAACUGUAACAUACCAAUGUCGCCACAUUUCGUUCAAUCAACCACAUUUUGCACACCGAAGGAGGGCAGAAACGCGAGCAAGCUAUGAUGAGAAAUGAUACGAAAUAGUAAGAUUAUAUUAAUAUUUUAGGAAAAUUUUAUUUAUUUUUACAUCUUAUUUAUUGAAAGAUAAUAGUAAACCGAGGUUUGAAAUUCAAGCGGUGACAAAAAUGAAUGUGCUACGAAUAAUACCAACAAUGAAAGCAAAUAAUGAACAGUGAAAAAACGCUGCAGGUGGAAACAGAAAUACGCAAAGGAUCUCAUUUUAGUGUAAAACGUAUGUGAAGCAGCAGCAUGAGAAUGCGGUUGAAAUUUGAACAGACCUUACUCAAAGCCCAUUAAAAUUAGUUGAAUUAAAGGAGAAAAAAUCCUAUCUAUAACAUAACAUACACAAGCGAAAAAAAAACGAUGCGAAGAACGCGCAAAUGAAAGAGACACAAAACAAACGACGAAACAAACGUACUUAGAAGCGUUAAGAGAGUAAAUCGAAUGAAAGCCAUAUUGUGGCCGCUGCCAGUCAGCUAGUGGAAAGUAAAGUAGAAUCACUAGUUCACCACCUAUCAUGACGGGUGGAGUUGUUCUGUUUGUUACCCACACAUACACACAUACUCACUCACUCACUUACAUUUCUGGUUUUCUUGCCAAGAGUCAGUUUUUUUUCCUAUGGCUUCAAACGUUAUUUAAAUGAACGCUGACAAAAUUAACAAGUCCUUAUGUGUCACUUCACAGGCAGUAGUUUUCUCUAUUUUUACACAACCGGAGAAAACGAAACCCAUUAGUUUACACAGGCCCAGAACCCACCAUCGAUCGCAAAUAGCUGUCUCUUUGUUCGAAACCACAGAACAAGGUGGUAUCGAACCCGCCUCUACUGUACAUUUCGAUCCGAUCCGAAUGUUGAUCAAAUUUUACUUGUUCUCUAUCGAUUUCAGAAAUUCAGUUUUGCUUUCAUUUUGUCGCAGCGUACGUUUGGCUCCGAUCGAAAUGCAAAAUAGAGACGAAUGUUUAAAAAACAAUUCCAGCAUUGAAAGUGUUUUGGGAUAUAAAUUGCAAUUUUUUACUUAGGCAAGCUGAAAACAAACCAUAUACUAGUCUGAAAGUUUUGACCCUCGAUAAACGAAGGGGUAUAUAAAGUAAAGCAUAAAUAAUACUAAACCAAUAACUAAAAGUAUGAGAGAAACAUAAAAAUGUCGCACAGUAAUUUUAAGACAUGAAACAUUAAACAAGUUAUUGAUAUACACAAACUCUAUAAGAAUGAAAUAGACGUCGCAAAGAGAAUUUAGCUACUGCAAACAUACAAUAAUACUCCGACUUUUUUCAUAUAUAUUUUUUUCCACUGAAACAUGUUGAUAUUAUAGUAACAUAUAAAAUGUUAGAUUGCAUUUUCUGCUUUAUUUUCGUACUGUGUUUUUGAUUUCCCCCAAUCUAUUUAAGUUUCACACAAAACAUUCAACGUCAACGACGGGGUAGAGAGAGAGAGUCUCCAAGUUUUGAUACAUUCACUUACAACUUCUAGUCUCAAGAGCUGGCGGGACAGAUCGCACUAUUUGCCAGUCGACUGCCCGGAAGCAUCUAUGCAAACAAAGUGUCAUGGAACCCUCUACUCUACUAGCGCCGCUGCCACCAGUGAAGGAUAGCAAAAUCCCCAAAUGCUAAACAUCCGAAUCUAUUCCAUUAAACUGUGAUACGAGCUAAAGAACAUGAAAAAAAAUAACAUUUAAGAAAAGCAAGAAUGUGUUGACAUACACACACAUGUUUCGGCUCGAUUGUACUACCCAAGCACUGUGUGCCGUAUAUGUAUAUUUUUAGUCCCCGCCAAGAGUAUAAUGACUUUUUUCCAAUCUUUUUCUUGCUCGCUCUUUGAAAAAUUCCUUGCGCUUCUCGUGUCGUGGCUCAGCGCGAUCGCUGUGGUGCCCCCGAAAGGGCACCAGCAAGCAAACAAAUGCGACAUACCCUACCCAGGACGCAACACAUAAACUUGACAUUCGACGACAAAACAUCAAAAAAAAGAAGAAGCAAAAUGGCCUUUUGGAGCCAAAGAGCAAAGGAGAACAUUUCUGUGCUCUCUGUUUUGUUCUGUUGCAUUUUCAGUUUUUCACUUUUUACUUAGUUUAAUUUCGUUCUUCUUUUUAUUCUCUGAUUAUACGUUGUAUAGUUUUUUCGUUUGUUUUGGUUACUUUCGUUUCGUGUUUUUAAUUUUGAUUAACGUGCGAAAACAAAGAAAAAUCGUCACACCUGGAGAACCAAAAAAAAGCCUACUACACAGGUACAACAAAAACAAAACUGUUCACUGAUAAGAGAGGGAGAGACAGGAAAAAUCAUUAUUUGCUUUGAGUUCAACGUGCGCAACAUUGAUAGGAAACAAAAUUUAUUUCUGAUUUAUCGUUUAGUUUAUUUAUAUUAUUGUAUAAAUGCUUAUGUUUCAGCAGUUCAAUCAUGCAAUCACACACACACAGACGGCGCAUAGUUUUCUUUUUCUUUUCAUUAUGAUUUCGGUUCGGCAUAAAGAAUUUAUCCCCACACCACAGACACAGGAUGUGUGUUAUCAGACUAGGGCAAAAGACAGGAUAUCUAGGAUAGACGACAGGAUUCGGGACAGAACGCCACCACCGGUUUAUUAUUGCUGUUGUCGUCGUCGGUUCUUGUGUUAUUAUUCUUCAGUUAUUAAUUGUUGUUUUCGUCUUCUUAUUUUUAUGCGGAAUCGCAAAUUAGUUUGUAAUUUUAUGUUUAAUUUAGUUCGGAUUUACCGACUGUGGAAGGUGGUAGUUUGUAAGAGAAUAACUAAAACAAGAAAAAAAAAACAAAAGUUCUGGCAAACAGAUUACCCUUCCUCCGCAGAUUGGUGAAGCCAUCGACCAUUAAUUUAGGUAUCCGCUCUUGGGUUUUAUUUUAUUUGAGCGCAUGAUUUAUCAAUGUUUAUUUUGAACCAUGUUUUUAUGAUUUCUUAAUUUCAUUUUUUUUCUUUUUGUGUGUUUUUUUCUUUCUUUUUUUAGGAUUUUUGUUAGAAACAAUUCAGAGUGAUGUGUGCAAUAGGAUGCGACUAUGUUUUCUUUCUUCUUCUCACCUUAAUCUACCCACUCUUGAUCUUGCUCUUUGCUUAGAUUUUAAAACGAAACUAUAAAAAAAACUAGUAUGCAUAGGUAGAGCGAAACCGACAGAGAGAACAUUAUUUAUUUAAACUUCUCACACUUAUUUAAAAUCAAGUUUGAAUUUGCAGAACGUUAGUAUUUUAAGUAUAUUUUUGUAAAACUUUAGCGUAUUUUCACCUAUAAUUUCCCAUAAAACUGGCAAUUUUGAUUAACCCCAUUCUCAAAUCAAGACAGUUUGCAAUCCAUUCGAGCGUACUCUAUUUUUUGAGUAUCAUUGCAAUAUACGCGGGAAAAUUAUUGUUGCAGUUCCUUAUAACAAAUUUCGAUAAAGUAAAUAGAAAACAUUUGCAUAAGAAUCCAGCAAGAUGUCCAAAGCCAGAAGCGUAACGUUUGGAAACAAAAGUACAAAGAUGCUUGAAGAAGAGAGAGAGAGAGAAAAGAACAAAUAUCGGUAGCAUUCCUGCAAGUUUUAAACACAAAACAAUGAGUCGGUUCGAGACCGCUGGAUUCUUAUUGUCAAACGUGUAAAGCACACCUGACAUUCUAAAAACAUAUUAAACGUAAAAAAAGAAACAAUGGAAUAGCUUGAGAAUAUCGCUGAAAACAGCCACCAUCGUAGCGAAAAAUCACCACGAGUUUAACAAAUUAGGCUUACAUUUUGUUUUGUAUCAACCCGUAUGGAUUUAACUAUUUGUGCAACAGUCACCAGAUACCGGCUCUUCAAGAUAAAAUGUAGCAAAAACUCUUAAAAAAAAACACUACUCACUUCGAAUAUUAGAGAAUGAAGCCACGAAUCGAUAGUUAAAACGUCAUCAAAAACAUAUUUUCACUUCGUGUAGUAGCUUUGAGUUGAAGUUUUCCUAUCUGAAAUUGCGUUUGUUUAUUUCGGCUAGCUCCAAGAAUCAAUUAGCCACAAAACUAUUUAAAACAAAAACCAGAUCAAACCGUGAGCGAAUUUCCGAAAGCAUCAAUUAUGCUUUGAUUUGUCAUUAUUUAUAUUCGAAUUAAUCAAUGUAUGAUUUUAUUUUCCUGAAUAUGUUCUUGUGUAUAUAUAAAAAUUAUAAAAGCAAAACAUUAAAAUAGUAAAAAAAUAUGGGAUACAAUAAAAUCUUAUAAUUUA